CCAGGUCAAAGUGUCUGCUUGCUGCCCGCCUCUCGUCGAGAGGCGUUCCUUGGAGUCCUUGUCCAGUCCAUCUUGCACUUCCUUUAACGAGACAAGGCGGCGUCUGUCUGUCUGGGGGAAGUAACCAAAUACGCGAUCGAAACAAGUUUUCUUCCUGUGGCUCGAUACCGUGGCAACUCUGGUAGGCUCAGCAGGGUAGGAUGGCUUCUGAGACAGCAAGAUUCUCGAAUGGCUCUAUACAGCUGGUGCCUGGAGGUUGGUUGGCUGUGUCUGGAAUUUGGGUUGUCUUCUAGUCCUUGCCGAAUAACCUGGACUCAGAUGCUGCCUCUUGAGGGUAUGAGAAGGCGACCGCGCAGCUGCCCCUUGCAAGAUAGAUAUGACCUGAAGAUCAGGCGGUUCGGGAGUUCGGUCGUCCGUCUUCAUCUUCUUCAACUUCCUCUCUGCUCUGGUAGGCAGUGGCUUCCGGCGGCUAAUGCUUCGGCUCUUUGGCUGCGGUGGUCGUACUGGACCGCAGGUAGCUUGCUAGGGGGGGGAGGGGGGGGUUUCCUUUUCUGGUUGAACUGCCAUUGUCCUGUUUGGCUGGUUCCCCAAGUGUUUUCUGCUGUACUAACUGAAUAGACGCUUGGGGUUCUGUCGGAUGAUAGCUGUGCAGCUGGUGUAGAUAAUUCAACCCUAAUUUCUUUAGUAAAAAAG